AAGCUUAAUGUUAGAGAGCAGGAAGUGGACAUGACCAGGUUGUUGUCGGUGUUGGAGGAAAGCUCGCCAUAUUUGUUCCUGACGUUGAACGAACUCUGCCUUGCAGUUUUCAUGAUUUUGGUAGAAUCAGUUACCUCCACCGGCAUUAGUGCUCUUGUCAUUGUUGUGUACGAGCAUGUCAUCGCCACCAUUGUCUUGUCGUUUCUGGCUUUCUUCCUUGAGAAGAACAAGAGGCCUCCCCUCUCCUUGAAGAUACUAUGCUAUGCAUUCCUUUUGGGACUCUUGCAGAUUACUCUUUGUCAGAUGUUAUUGACAAUGUCCCUGCAAUUUGUAACAUCGACAACCUAUCAAUGCGUUGGCCUGAACUUGGUCCCCUCCAUAGUGCUUAUAUUGGCCCUCAUCUUCCGACAAGAAAAUCUCAGAUGGUGGAACAUCAAUGGACAGGCGAAGAUAUGGAGUCUGCUCCUCUCGGCUGCCGGAGCUCUGGCUUUAGUGUUGUGGAAGGGGCCAGUUGUACUAACCUCCAUGUUGUUCAACAUUCAAGCAACAAGUGAUGGUGUCCUCGGCAGCAUCAUGAUCAUUGUUGGGAUCCUUGCGACAAGCUUUUGGAUUAUUUUAGUGGGACAUGUCAUUCAGUUUUACCCAGCAGAACUGUCCUUAACGGCGAUGAUGAGCUUAUUUGGCACAAUCCAAACUGCCAUAGUCUCUAUAUUUGUUAUAUCAUGGUCAUCUUGGAAGCUAGAAUGGGAAGGAGGGCUUGUCUUGGUCACCAUAUUACUUGGAGGAGUUGUGGUGACAGGGUUAUCAUUCUAUGUGAUGACGUGGUCCAUUAAGAAGAAGGGCCCAGUGUUCACAGCAGCAUUUAACCCACUUCUUGUCGUUUUCUCGUUUCUUCUACAAACAUUCUUAUUGGGAAAUUCUGCACAUUUGGGCAGCAUCAUAGGAGGAGUUCUGGUUAUAUUGGGUCUUUACCUGCUUUUAUGGGCAAAGGCCAAAGACAAGGAGAAAGAAACGACUAUGGCGGAUGAUUCUGUUUACUCUCCCUUAGUUCAACCAUGAAAGAGGGAGACAAGAAUUCAACAAGAAGCUGUAAUUCUUGGGAUACAAGAUGUAUGCGUAACCAUUUCUUU